AUGUUUAGUGAACUCCAAUAUUUUGGUAAGAGGAUAAAAUAUUUUUCUUUGAAUGUGCAAGCCCUUGUGAAUUCAGAAUUGCAGUUUAUGGAUAUUGUAGCUAGAUGGCCAGGUUCAGCACAUGACAGUCACAUAUUCCGAAAUUCAAGAUUAUUUGCUAGGUUAGAAUCUGGAGAAUUUCAGAAAAUGGCUAUCCUAGGUGACAGUGGGUAUGCAUUAAAACCAUACUUAUUAACACCAAUAUCAAACCCUGUUGGACGUAUACAGAUGUUGUACAACGAAUCUCAAAUUAGAACGAGGAAUGUAGUUGAAAGAAGUUUUGGGGUCUGGAAGAGACGAUUCCCAGUAUUAUCACUUGGUUUACGAUUACAACUUAAAACGGUUCAAGCCAUUAUAGUGGCAACAGCAGUACUGCACAAUAUAUGUAGAGAGAUGAAAGAAGAUUUACCAAAUGAUAAUUUUGAGUUAACGGAACCACAUAACGAGACUGAAAUUCACCUGCCUAUCUCUUUUUGUGUUAAUCAUUUUACAAAAUAUAGAUAACUAAUAACAGUAAAAUCCCAAUGGUAAAAAAGACAAAACGGUAAAACGGUAAUGUAAACAUAAAAUAAAUGAACAUGUAAAAUUCAGAUAUUAUAAAAAAAAUAGCAUCAGUUUUCAGUGUUAUCAAAAUAUAAUAUGUUCCAUUAUCAGUUUGUUAUUGCACAACAGCUGGUUUCAAUAGCCAAUGAAAAUCGUUGUUAUGUUUGAGAUUUAUUAACUGACGGAUAGUACUAGCGGUGACAUUGUAAUAAUGGUUUAAUCUAAACUUGCCUCUAAAGUCCCCGCUACGCUAAACUGCACGCUAGCUUAACUGACAGAUAAUUAUAAUUUAGCAAGACAUUGUAAUAACGG